GAAGCCGGCGUGCAUUUCCGCAUGUAUCUGACUCAGAAGCGACUCUUGUUUGCGGAGCUCCUCACUUAUCUCAUUCGCAGUCUCGGGAAAGUCCGCCGGGAUCGAUAAUAGGGGAGGCACGUAUCUGUAAAUCAACGUAAACAGUAGUACUUUAAAUGUCAUGGUUUGCGGACCUCGCCGGCAAGGCAGAAAGCCUGCUAAACAACCUCGACGAACAGACAGGUGCAGUUCUGCGGAAUCAUAAUGGCAUAAAAGAAACGUGGACUCCAAAGAAGAAAACGAAUUCUAGGAAUACGAAAAGAAAUCCAAAUGUAACUGAAACAAGAUCUAGUUAUGGACCUUCAGGUUCCCCAACAAAAUUUCACCAGUCACGAUCUGCAAUCAAACAAAGCCAGGACAAUGUUAGAACACCUCAAGAAAAUAGCAAAAGAAAGUCACCAGCCAGAAAACCUACACAAUAUAAUCUUAAUAACAGUCCAAAGACAGUAGUUGGUGAUUUUAAUGACAAUAAAGUAAUGGAUCAAUUUGGACUUAGACAUAGAAGAUAUAGUUUGCCUGCAGAUUUAGAAAUAAUAGACAAUGAUAACAUAGCUUAUAAUAUGCAGAAUUGUGAAAUUGAAAAUGCAAUGUUGAAAAAUGAACUUAAUGUCAUGAAUAGGGAAGUUUCAGAAUUGCUCGACAGAUUAAGCAAAACAGAAGAUGAACUGAAAAUUACACAGACUAAAUAUGAAAAUAGUGAAAAACUAAACCACAUGUUAAAAGAAGAAAAUGAUGCAUUGGUGACACAAGCCGAUAAUACAAAGCAACAAGAAAAUGAAGUGAACAAUAUGCAGAGCAAAUACAUAGAGCUGAAUCAAUAUCUGGAAUCAAGUAUUCAUGCAUUGGAAUAUAAAAAUGCUGAGUUAGAAGAAAAAAUUAAAACACUCACUGAGGAAUUAAGCAAUAAAGAGGCAGCACAAAAUAAAUUAGAGAAUGAGUUACGUCACGCUCAGACAAUGAUUACUGAAAAACAAAAUGAAAUUGAAAAGUCGUCAGCAGAGUGUCAUCGAUUAGAGAAAGAUUGGGAAGCUUACAAAUUGAGAGUUAAGAAUAUGCUAUUUGCCAAAGACAACGAAAUUAAGUCAUUACGUGAGGGAUCGAAUUCUACGGAAGAUACAAAAAUGUUAGUGGAACAGAUAGAGUCAUUAAAAGAAGAAAGGGAAGAUUUAUCACAAUCAAUAGCUCGUGUGCGUCAAGAAUGCGAUGAUAUGAAACAGAGCAUGACCCAGCUGGAGCAAAGACACAGUGCAGCCGAGCGUGUCGUCUCAGCUCUACGAGAUACGUUGAAGGAAGAACGUAGUUCUAGAAAUAGGGCAGAAGUACAAUGUCUUACUUUGGGAAAGGAAUUACAAUCGUUACAAAUCGAAUCUACGGAAACUAUAGCAAGCCUGCGAGUCGCUUUGGAAAAUAAAGAAGAGGAAUUAAACAACCUAAGGGAGUCAGCGUCCGCUGUUCCCAUGACUGACACCAGCGCGUUGAACGUGGCCGACUAUGACGUCAUCAAGGAUAUCGAUAACGAAAAGAUACAUUAUUUAACGCAAAUGCUGAUACAGAAACAAGGCAAGAUCGAUACACUAUUGGCUGAUAAUAAUAUACUGAAGAUACAAUUGGAUAAAUUACAGUCGAAACACCGAUCAGAUUUGGCCUCGCUUCGUUCGAAGUAUUCACACAGCGUUGUGCACUUACAAGAUGGCGACGCCCGCACGCGCUCCAGACUGACGUAUUCCGGAUCGCCCCUCUCUGCGCUGUCAUUACGUAUCGGCGUUAUGAUAAAGAGAUUUCCAAUAUUUAGACUACUCAUUUUGAUUUAUAUGAUUGGCCUUCAUCUGUGGGUGCUCACGGUGCUCUUCACGAACACGCCAGAGGACUACGUGCCGAGACCGACGAAAUUAUGAAUAUAUUAUAACGUGUUCUAUACAUAAACGAAAAUCACACAGUACCUUGUGUAAAUAUAGCAAUAAAUUAAUUUGACACGCAAUUGUGAAAUACCCGGCUUCUCAGUCACCGAUAAGAAAUAAGUGUAACUUUUGAAGCUGACUUAUAUGAAUUGA